AUGGUUUAUGAUUAUAAAGUUUAGUUUGGUUGCCAUAUUACUCACUGAAACACAUUUUAAACCACUUGCAUUCUGGCCGAUCCGCCGUAGUGGGCAGGUGUCAUUGUUUGGGAGACAAGAACAAAAAUGCCGGGAAUGGAUGGCGAGACGCGAACGCUCAUAAGAGCCAUCUCGAGAACGCCAGCAGUGGCUUCGCAAGCAAGGUCGGAUGAGGUCGCUCGUGCAGAGAUUCAAAACAGCCGGCACUCAGAUGGCGCCGACGUGAUGGUCAGCGUUGCUCCCGCACAACGCGAAAGGGCGCCGUCACGCGUCGGAUCACCGUGGCUGACCCUGGCAUAUCGCUGCGUCGGCACGCUGUCCACGCUCGGCUUGACGCUCCUUCUUCUGGGCGCGACCAUGGUGUGGUCCACGCGCGAGGCCAUGAAGAAAUCAUCUCCGCGUCUGGAAAACAUCCAGGCCGUCUUGCGUCACGACGAGCUCUCGCGCAGCGUCUUCGUUAGCGUCGAGACGACGUUGACGCCGGCUCAGCUAAGUCACCUUGCGCGCAGGGAUCCGGUCUUCGGCGAGACACAACCAGCGAUUCUAACCACUGCGAUGACGACUGAGAUGACCGCGACGGAUGAACCAGCGUGCCAGCUGAACACUGAUGUUUUCUUUUGCCGUAGGGCGGUGCACGGGUGGUACUACAGGGACCAGACGUGCCGCUCAACGGAGCACGAUGACUACGCAGUAUGCCCCAAGUUCGUCGGCCAGCUCGCCACCGAACGCGAGUGUCGAUCCCGGUGCUUCCUCUUCCAGAAGAAGAACUGCGCUGGGUUUCAGACGACGCUACGUCCGUGCUCGAGCAAAGACCUGUCCCGCACUUGGUACUUCUUGAACGCGACCUCCGGAUACUGCGUCGAGUGGGACUACCCCGAAGGUGCCUGCCCCAAUGUGACUGCAGGAUCGGGCUACAAUACCAAGACGGACUGCGAAAGAGAGUGCACAACCGCGAGAGUAGGCCAUAAACCUCAGUGCGAGUGGCCCUCGGAGUUGGUGGCGUGCUCGGCCGACCUCAUGAAGCACGCGUACUUCUACAGCGAGCUACUUGGCUCAACCGGUGACUGCUACCGUGCCGACAUGUCCACGCUCACUGGUCAUCGUUGUGUCGACCCGGCUGCACUGUUCCCCACCGAAGUGGAAUGCGUCAGCAAAUGUUUCAGGCAGCCAAGCUGACACGUCUCCACACGGGCCUUCAACGAAAGGCACUGUUUGGCAUACAGAGUUAAUAUCCCCAAGAAAUGUUAAGCUCGCUCGGCAGAACUACGUGUGAUCCCAAUGAUUCAACUGUCACUGCUGCACGAGUGACUGUCGGAUAUUUUAUAGGAAUAAAUUAGCUGUUAGGUAUUCGAACUUAUUCUUUUAUGCAAUAUAAACCGCAGCUGCAUCCUUCCAUGACUCUUUCUGAUUAAAUUAAACCCAGUCUUAA